CUACUGACACCUAAAAGAAAAGUUGCUCUUUUUUUUCUUGGCUCCAUCUUCAUCUUUGCUUUUGUUUUCUUUCCUUUUCUCUGAAGUAGCUUAAACUUUCAGCUCUCUCUCUCUCUCUGUUUAGGGUUUGCCCUUUCUUCUGCAAUCUCCAUUACCACAGAUGCUUGAAUUUUGCGUUUAAGUUGUCACAUUCAGCAGGGAACAGGGAGAUUUGGAGUUUGAGAGUUUGAAGGGACGAAAUGUCGUCGAGAGGGGGGUCCGAUCAGCCUCCUCCAUUGCAGAGGAGGAUCACGAGGACACAGACGACGGGGAAUAUAGGUGAGUCGGUGUUCGACAGUGAAGUUGUACCGUCGUCACUGAAGGAGAUCGCGCCAAUCCUGCGUGUGGCUAAUGAGGUUGAGUCUAGCAAUCCCAGAGUGGCAUAUCUGUGUCGGUUCUAUGCAUUUGAGAAAGCUCAUAGGUUAGAUCCAACAUCUAGCGGGCGUGGUGUUCGGCAAUUUAAAACUGCUCUACUUCAAAGGCUUGAAAGGGAGAAUGAUCCAACCUUAAUGGGAAGAGUAAAGAAAAGUGAUGCCCGUGAAAUGCAGAGCUUCUAUCAACAUUAUUAUAAGAAGUAUAUCCAAGCUUUGCAAAGUGCUGCUGAUAAAGCUGAUCGUGCUCAGCUUACCAAGGCUUAUCAAACUGCUAAUGUGCUCUUUGAAGUUUUGAAGGCUGUUAACAUGACCCAAUCCAUCGAAGUUGAUCGUGAGAUUCUGGAAGCACAAGAUAAAGUUGCUCAGAAAACACAGAUCUUUCUUCCCUAUAAUAUUCUUCCUCUUGAUCCUGAUAGUGCAAAUCAGACGAUUAUGAGAUAUCAUGAGAUUCAAGCUGCAGUUAUUGCUCUUCGUAACACUAGGGGCCUUCUUUGGCCAACUGAUCACAAGAGGAAAGAUGGUGAAGAUAUCUUGGAUUGGCUCCAAGCAAUGUUUGGGUUUCAGGAAGGCAAUGUGGCAAAUCAAAGGGAGCACCUUAUUCUAUUACUUGCAAAUGUACACAUUCGGCAGUUUCCAAAGUCUGAUCAACAGCCCAAGCUGGAUGAACGUGCUGUGACUGAAGUAAUGAAGAAGCUUUUCAAGAACUACAAAAAAUGGUGCAAGUAUUUGGAUCGUAAAAGUAGUCUUUGGUUACCUACCAUACAGCAGGAAGUGCAACAGCGGAAACUUCUAUACAUGGCGUUGUAUCUUCUAAUUUGGGGAGAAGCGGCAAAUUUGAGAUUCAUGCCCGAGUGUCUUUGUUAUAUAUACCAUCAUAUGGCGUUUGAAUUAUAUGGCAUGCUAGCUGGGAAUAUCAGCCCUAUGACAGGAGAAAAUGUCAAGCCAGCCUAUGGUGGUGAAAAUGAAGCUUUCUUGCGUAAAGUUGUGACUCCUAUUUAUGAAGUGAUUGCAAAGGAAGCUGCAAGGAGCAAACAAGGGAAAUCAAAACAUUCCCAAUGGAGGAAUUACGAUGAUUUAAAUGAAUAUUUCUGGUCAGUUGAUUGUUUCUGUCUAGGGUGGCCAAUGCGUGCAGAUGCAGACUUCUUUUGCCUUCCUCAUGAUCAAAUUCAUGCAGACAGAAGUGGGGAGAACAAGCCUCUUUCAAAAGAUCGAUGGGUGGGGAAAGUUAAUUUUGUUGAAAUAAGGUCAUAUUGGCAUCUAUUCAGAAGCUUUGAUCGUAUGUGGAGCUUUUUUAUACUUUGCUUGCAGGCAAUGAUAAUUGUAGCCUGGAAUGGCUCUGGGCAACCAAGUGCGAUCUUUAAUGUUGAUGUGUUCAUGAAAGUUUUAAGUGUCUUCAUUACUGCAGCCAUAUUGAAGCUUUGUCAAGCUCUCCUUGAUGUGAUUCUUAGUUGGAAAGCCCACCGGAGUAUGUCAUUUUAUGUUAAGUUGAGAUAUAUCUUGAAGGUGAUUUCAGCUGCUGCGUGGGUGGUAAUUCUUCCCGUGACUUAUGCUUAUAGCUGGGAAAAUCCAUCUGGGUUUGCCCAAACUAUCAAAGGCUGGUUUGGUGGCAACACUUCAAAUUCACCCUCCUUGUUUAUCUUGGCUAUUGUGAUCUAUUUGUCUCCAAAUAUGCUAGCUGGUGUAUUCUUUUUAUUCCCUUUUAUUCGUCGGUUUCUUGAGAGAUCCAACUACAGAAUUGUGAUGCUCAUGAUGUGGUGGUCACAGCCUCGACUUUAUGUUGGCAGAGGAAUGCAUGAAAGUACAUUUUCUCUUGUCAAGUACACAUUGUUCUGGGUGCUUCUUAUUGCAACAAAGUUGGCAUUCAGUUAUUAUAUAGAGAUAAAGCCUCUAGUAGGUCCAACAAAAGCAAUUAUGAAUGUUCGAAUAACUGUCUUCCAAUGGCACGAGUUCUUUCCUCGGGCAAAAAACAAUAUUGGCGUUGUCAUUGCACUUUGGGCUCCUAUUAUUCUUGUUUACUUUAUGGAUGCCCAGAUUUGGUAUGCCAUAUUUUCCACAUUAUUUGGUGGUAUUUAUGGUGCAUUUCGUCGCCUGGGAGAGAUUCGUACAUUGGGAAUGCUUAGGUCUCGUUUUGAGUCAUUGCCGGGAGCUUUUAAUGCCUGUUUGAUUCCAGAGGAACAGGGUGAACCCAAGAAGAAAGGACUGAAGGCCACUCUUUCCCGAAACUUUUCAGUAAUUUCAUCUAAUAAAGAGAAAGAGGGUGCAAGGUUUGCUCAACUGUGGAAUAAAAUAAUCAGCAGUUUUAGGGAGGAAGAUCUUAUAAGUGAUAGGGAAAUGGACCUUUUGCUCGUCCCUUAUUGGGCAGACACUGAAUUAGGCCUCAUGCAGUGGCCUCCAUUUCUUCUUGCUAGUAAGAUUCCAAUAGCAUUAGACAUGGCUAAAGAUAGCAAUGGAAAGGACCGGGAGCUGAAAAAGCGAAUCGAUGCUGAUAGCUACAUGUCCAGUGCUAUUCGUGAAUGUUAUGCCUCAUUCAAGAAGAUAAUCAAGCAUUUAGUUCAAGGUGCUCGUGAGAAAGAGGUUAUAAAUUAUAUAUUUACUGAGGUGGACAAACACAUAGAAGAGAAUACCUUAAUAAGCGAGUUCAAGAUGAGUGCUCUUCCAAAGCUCUAUCAUCGCUUUGUCAAACUUACGAAGUAUUUGUUGGAUAACAAGCAAGAGGACAAGGAUGCUGUUGUGAUUUUAUUUCAGGACAUGCUUGAAGAUGUAACAAGAGAUAUCAUGAAUGAGGAUCAUAUAUCCAGUUUGCUUGAAACACUCCAUGGAGGAUCUUGGCAUGAAGGAAUGACUUCUUUGGAUCAACAAUAUCAACUAUUUGCAUCCACUGGAGCCAUAAAGUUUCCUGUUGACCAGACAGAAGCAUGGAAGGAAAAGAUCAAACGACUCUAUCUACUGCUUAUAACCAAGGAAUCUGCCAUGGAUGUACCGUCCAACUUAGAAGCAAGAAGGCGCAUCUCUUUCUUUUCUAAUUCAUUAUUUAUGGACAUGCCUACGGCGCCUAAAGUCCGGAACAUGCUUUCUUUCUCUGUUCUAACUCCAUACUACACGGAGGAGGUUCUCUUUUCAUUGCAUGAUCUAGAAGAGCCAAAUGAGGACGGGGUUUCAAUUCUCUUCUACCUACAAAAGAUAUAUCCAGAUGAAUGGAAAAACUUUCUUGAAAGAGUGAAGUGCACUAGUGAAGAGGAAUUAAAAGGAGUGAGUGAGCUUGAGGAAGAACUUCGACUUUGGGCAUCCUAUAGAGGCCAAACAUUAACAAAAACAGUAAGAGGAAUGAUGUAUUACCGAAAGGCUUUAGAGCUUCAAGCUUUUCUUGAUACUGCUGAGGAUCAAGACCUAAUGGAGGGUUACAAGGCGGUGGAGUUGAACUCAGAAGAAAAUUCUAAGGGUGAUAGGUCAUUAUGGGCACAUUGUCAGGCAAUAUCUGACAUGAAAUUUACCUAUGUGGUGUCAUGUCAGCAGUAUGGGAUUCAAAAGCAAUCUGGUGAUGCUCGCGCCCAGGACAUUUUGAAACUAAUGACAAAGUACCCAUCCCUUCGAGUGGCAUACAUUGAUGAGGUAGAAGAACCUAGUAAAGAUAAAUCCAAGAAAAACCAGAAGACAUAUUAUUCAUCUCUUGUGAAGGCUGCUUCACCGAAAUCUAUUAAUGCUUCUGAGCAUGUGCAAUUGGAUGAGAUUAUUUAUCAAAUAAAGCUCCCGGGUCCUGCUAUUUUGGGUGAGGGAAAGCCAGAAAAUCAGAACCAUGCGAUAAUAUUUACACGUGGUGAGGGCUUGCAAACAAUCGACAUGAAUCAGGAUAACUACAUGGAAGAAGCAAUGAAGAUGAGGAACUUGUUGCAAGAGUUUCUCAAAAAGCAUGAUGGUAUAAGACACCCCUCUAUUCUUGGACUUAGAGAGCAUAUAUUUACUGGAAGUGUUUCAUCGCUUGCUUGGUUCAUGUCUAAUCAAGAAACUAGUUUUGUUACCAUUGGUCAGAGACUUCUAGCCAACCCUCUGAAAGUUCGUUUCCACUAUGGACAUCCAGAUGUGUUUGAUAGGCUCUUCCACCUAACUAGAGGGGGCGUCAGUAAAGCUUCCAAGGUUAUCAAUUUGAGCGAAGACAUAUUUGCUGGUUUUAAUUCAACUCUUCGUGAAGGCAAUGUCACUCAUCAUGAGUACAUACAAGUUGGAAAAGGGAGAGAUGUGGGCCUUAAUCAGAUUUCAAUGUUUGAAGCAAAAAUAGCAAAUGGGAAUGGGGAGCAGACAUUAAGUCGUGAUAUAUACCGUCUUGGACACCGAUUUGACUUCUUUCGAAUGUUAUCUUGUUAUUUUACGACUAUUGGGUUCUAUUUUAGUACUCUGAUAACUGUACUCACAGUAUAUGUGUUCCUUUAUGGUCGCCUUUAUCUUGUUCUUAGUGGACUUGAAAAAGGUUUGAGCACCCAACCAGCAAUUCGAGACAAUAAACCUCUGCAAGUUGCCCUUGCUUCUCAAUCCUUUGUCCAAAUUGGAUUCUUGAUGGCCUUGCCUAUGCUGAUGGAAAUUGGUUUGGAAAGGGGAUUCCGCACAGCAUUGAGUGAAUUUGUAUUGAUGCAAUUACAACUAGCUCCCGUCUUUUUUACUUUCUCUCUUGGGACAAAGACCCACUAUUAUGGGAGAACUUUACUUCACGGAGGCGCCAAAUACAGGCCUACAGGUCGUGGAUUUGUGGUGUUUCAUGCCAAGUUUGCUGAUAACUACAGGCUCUAUUCCCGUAGCCACUUCGUCAAAGGUCUUGAGCUCAUGAUUCUACUUCUUGUGUACCAGAUAUUUGGUCACACUUACAGAAGUGCAGUUGCUUAUGUGUUGAUUACUGUAUCUAUGUGGUUUAUGGUCGGCACAUGGUUGUUUGCUCCCUUCCUAUUCAAUCCUUCUGGUUUUGAGUGGCAGAAGAUUGUCGAUGAUUGGACGGAUUGGAAUAAAUGGAUAAGUAAUCGUGGUGGAAUUGGUGUUCCGCCAGAAAAAAGUUGGGAGUCAUGGUGGGAGGAAGAACAAGAGCAUUUACGCCACUCUGGAAAGCGAGGUCUAGUAGCUGAAAUAUUAUUAGCUUCUCGGUUCUUUAUCUAUCAGUAUGGUUUGGUCUAUCAUCUUAGCAUUACUCAGCGCACAAAUACUAAAAGUUUCCUGGUAUAUGGCAUUUCAUGGCUGGUGAUCUUUCUAAUACUGUUUGUAAUGAAGACUGUAUCGGUUGGAAGGCGAAAGUUUAGUGCAGAUUUCCAACUUGUGUUCCGUUUGAUCAAGGGUCUAAUUUUUCUAACGUUCGUCUCAAUUCUCGUCACCUUGAUUGCUCUUCCUCAUAUGACCGUGCAGGAUAUCAUUGUUUGCAUCCUUGCUUUCAUGCCAACUGGUUGGGGCAUGCUUUUGAUCGCACAAGCAUUGAAACCACUUGUUCAGCGAGCUGGCUUUUGGGGAUCCGUAAGGACACUUGCUCGGGGCUACGAGAUCAUCAUGGGGUUGCUUCUCUUCACUCCUGUCGCAUUCCUUGCCUGGUUUCCAUUUGUUUCAGAAUUCCAGACUCGUAUGCUUUUCAACCAAGCAUUCAGCAGAGGUUUACAGAUUUCUCGUAUUCUUGGUGGUCAUCGGAAGGAUCGGUCGUCCCGAAACAAAGAUUAGUAACACUGUAAGACAACAAUCACCUUUUUUCAGUUCCUUGAUUGCAUAUGAUGUUGCAUCGAGAGGCUUGUUUAUAUUAUAUUAGGAGUUGUAAUCAAUGGGUAGGUAGUAGAGUGCACUACUAAUAUUUAAUGGCUGCAAAUUUUGGUUUUGUUGAUAUUUUAUAUUUGCAUGACCUGUUCCCCUGCUGAAAAUGUAACCUUGCUAGAUGAACGGGUUAUAUUUUCCGGAUCAUCAGGUUUCUUUUUGUAUUUAAAGAUGAUUGUUAACAUUAUUGAAUCGUUUAAUUUAUCAGCCAAGAUUACUG